UCCAGCCUGGCCUUGGGCACUGCCAGGAAUGCAGGAGCAGCCACAGCUGCCCAGCUCAGAAUCCCCAACUCCAUCCAUGGGGAUUUUGGUUAUUUGUAGGUUUUUAUUGAUUCAUUUUUAUUGAUUCCCAUUCACACUGGAUCCCUUCCCUCCCUCCCACAGCUCCAAGACCUGUUGUUGAGAGAGAGGUUUUGUAUCCCCCUCUCACACUCUCCACAGAAAAUAAAAUUCCAGGAGAGCACUGGAAUCCAUGAGCUGUUUGCAGCCCAAAGCAGCUCCAAUUAUCACACCUUUUGUCCAAAUUUCCCCCAAAUUAAAUUGCAGCUUUAGCAAUUCUAGCCAGUGAUAAUGCUAAUAAUCCAAUUAAAUGCAAAGCGAGUCUAAUUAAGAUAAAUGAAGGAUUUCACUGGCAGCAUUAAGAACAUUUAAAAUUAGCAAGAAGUGAAAAAGCCUGAGAAACACCCAGGGACUGAGUGUACUUCAGUGCCAGGCCCUUAAAACAUAAAAAACUCCCAUUUUUAAGGUGGAAAAUAUUCAUCAGGAGCUGGCUGAUGGGUCUGGAGUCUGUCCCAGGGUUCCCAGGGAAGUUUUGUACCUGGAAUCUCCUUCUUGAGCAUCUUCUCAUCCCAGGUGAAUUUAUCUGCACUCAAAUCUCUAACACCUCACUUACCCGUGACUGAAAAGAAUGGGAUAAAAGAGGAUUUUUCCAGCAGUUGGACUGUGGGUUCCUCACUCUGAAAACAUCAGCAACAUCUCUUCAGUGGCCCCAUGAGUGGGAGUCAGCUCCUUGCAGCCUCAGGAAGCUGGGAAGUCAGCCUGGACACUCCUGUGGAAGGGACUGAGCCCUCCAGGAGCAGGGGAACACUGAGAAAACACUUGGGUUUAACAUAGAAAGGAAAAUUAAAAUUUAAAAAAGACCCAGAAUAGCACAAUUUGCAGAAGACACCAAGAUUUGUACAGUGCCAUUGGUUAUAUUCCCUUUUUCCAUGAGUUAUGUUGCUUUUUGGGUUGUUUUUACCACCCUGCACUCCCCAAACCAGGGGGAUCACCCCAUUUCUGUUCUGUACAGGGGAAGUUGCUGCACACUCACUUUAUUAAUUAAAAUCCUUUAAAUGACUCCACCUUUCCAAGUGUGGAGUUCUGAGUUAGCACCCAAUAACCAGAGCAGCCACUUCCUUUAAAAAGGCCAAGUGUUUAUUUUGGUAGGGAAUAAAAAUACCUGCAAUCCAAGAGAGACUCCAUGGGACAAACAGAAAAGACACAAUUCUCCUCUAGACAAGAUCAGCUUCAAGCAGUGCAGGAACUGAAAUGCCCACAGAUGUCCCCCAGCAGUGACACAGACACAAACAGCCACAGGGACACUCCCAGCCAGCACCAGACACAGUUUUAGGGACAUUCCUACAAGGAUCAGGUUGGGGAUGCCAAGGAAAAUCCAGCCAGAGGAUGGGAUCCAGUGCUGAGUUCCUCCAGUAGUUUCUGCUACAUUAAAUAGAUGGAAAUACAGAAAUGAUAUAAAAACAAGCCCUUGGUCCUGCCCUGCUCCUGCAGCUCCCAGGGGCUCACAUUCAUUAAAGUCAUUAGCAAACCUGCCCUAAUGAAUGGCCCACCUGGCUGCCUGGUGCCAAGCACAGGUUUACCACCCCCUGCUUCCUCAGCUAAUUAAUCAAGUGCUGGGGGAUAAUUAAACACAAACAGGACAUGCAGAGCAGGUUCUCCCCCAGGGAAUGGCUGGGUGUGCGUGAGGGAAGGAUGGAAACCAGGAACAGCUGGGAGAGGUCCCUAUAAAAACAAGCCCAGCCCAGAGCAGAGGGGUGGGAGCAGAGGAGAACCCUUCUGGAAUGUUCCUGGGCACUCCUGGGUACCCAGCACUGCAUCCUGCCAAGAAACCCCUCUGAGUGCCCAAGGGCAGGAGCUGAAGGAGCCUCAGCAGGAGCUCUUCCCUUUCCAAGGCUGUUCCUGGGGCUGCCUCAGCUUUGGGAGCGCCUCUGAGGGCUCUGUGCUCCCAGAGGGGAUGGGAAACACCCCAGGGCUGCUCCACACCAGCAUUCCCAGCUGGAGAUCCUGUGGGGCACCUUCAGCUCCUGCCAGAUCCCUCUGCAGGGCUGGGGCAGCUCCUGAAGGGGCCCAGCUCCCUCCCAGCCCAGCCAGGAUGGCUCUGGGUCACAGCAGGUGGAUUUUUACUCCAAGGCAAUCACUGAGCACAACAGACCUUUACAAACUGCUUUUCCUCACCCCUAAAGAGGCCAUGGAGAACCAAAACUAUGGACAACCCAAGUAUUCCCCCUUUUUCCCUGCAGAGCAAACAGCACCAAUUGGAUUUUCUCUCCCACAGGUGACAACAGCAAAAGAAAACCCCAAUUUAAGAAUCCACAGAACAAAGUUCACAUUGAAGACAUUUCAAAUGAAGCUCCACGAGUCCCUCUUGUGCUUCAGAGUAGGAGUUUUAACACAGAGCAUGACAGGCCACUACAAGGUUACACCUGGUUGUAGCACAGGAGACACUGGGAAAAGGCAGGAAGGCAUGGAAUGUCCUGGAGAAACCAUGGAAUGUCCUGGAGAAACCAUGGGAUGUCCUGGAGAAACCAUGGGAUGUCCUGAUGAGACCAUGGAAUGUCCUGGAGAAACCAUGGAAUGUUCUGGUGAGGCCAUGGAAUGUCCUGGUGAGGCCAUGGAAUGUCCUGGUGAGACCAUGGAAUGUCCUGGUGAGACCAUGGGAUGUCCUGGAGAAACCAUGGGAUGUCCUGGAGAAACCAUGGAAGGUCCUGGUGAGGCCAUGGGAUGUCCUGGAGAAACCAUGGAAGGUCCUGGUGAGACCAUGGAAUGUCCUGGAGAAACCAUGGAAUGUUCUGGUGAGGCCAUGGGAUGUCCUGGUGAGGCCAUGGAAUGUCCUGGAGAAACCAUGGAAUGUCCUGGAGAAACCAUGGAAUGUCCUGGUGAGGCCAUGGAAUGUCCUGGUGAGGCCAUGGAAUGUCCUGGAGAAACCAUGGAAUGUCCUGGAGAAACCAUGGAAUGUCCUGGUGAAACCAUGGAAUGUCCUGGUGAGGCCAUGGAAUGUCCUGGUGAGGCCAUGGAAUGUCCUGGAGAAACCAUGGGAUGUCCUGGAGAAACCAUGGAAGUCCUGGAGAAACCAUGGGAUGUCCUGGAGAAACCAUGGAAGAUCCUGGAGAAACCAUGGGAUGUCCUGGUGAGGCCAUGGGAUGUCCUGGAGAAACCAUGGGAUGUCCUGGAGAAACCAUGGGAUGUCCUGGAGAAACCAUGGGAUGUUCUGGAGAAACCAUGGGAUGUUCUGGUGAGACCAUGGAAUGUCCUGGAGAAACCAUGGAAUGUCCUGGUGAGGCCAUGGAAUGUCCUGGAGAAACCAUGGAAUGUCCUGGUGAGGCCAUGGAAUGUCCUGGAGAAACCAUGGAAUGUUCUGGUGAGGCCAUGGGAUGUCCUGGUGAAACCAUGGAAUGUCCUGGUGAGACCAUGGAAUGUCCUGGAGAAACCAUGGAAUGUUCUGGAGAGACCAUGGAAUGUCCUGGUGAGACCAUGGAAGGUCCUGGAGAAACCAUGGGAUGUCCUGGAGAAACCAUGGAAUGUCCUGAUGAGGCCAUGGGAUGUCCUGGUGAGACCAUGGAAUGUCCUGGUGAGGCCAUGGAAUGUCCUGGUGAGGCCAUGGAAGGUCCUGGAGAAACCAUGGAGGUCCUGGAGAAGCAGGAGCAGCUCCAGAAAAGGGAGAGUUUUCCACAAACUGCAGCACAUCUGAUCCCUCUUCCCUCCCAGUGACAGGAAUCCAAAUGGAAAGAACGGCAUUGUUCCAAAUCAAAGCAGGAUUUCUGCCCUCACAAAGCACAGCUGCUCCCUGGGAAUCAAUCAGUGACAGGAACUGUCCCAGCAGCAGCAGCUCCUCCAUUGCUCCCACACUUCCAGGGAGCAGAGGAUGCUCCAGGAUGCUCCAGGACAGGAAACACAGAUGUUUUGAUCAGCAGAUCCCAGCUGAGCUCAGGACACUGCAGAGCUCUGAGCAGCUCCUCCCUUCUGCUCUUCAAACAGCCCAGAGCUGCCACCAAAACCCAAAAGCUUCUCCUUCAUUGGUUUUCAAACCAUGGGCUCAUGGAAAAAGAGGAAAUCCUGGAUUUUUUUCCAGCUCCAGCAUCAAAGGCUUUUAAUACACUGCAGCCUCUGCCUGAGCCUGCACACAUGAAAUCCAAGAGGUUUAAAAGACAUUAAUUUUUGGGUUUGGCUUUGUUGUGCCAAACCCAAAACUUAAAAGCAACAAGGUUACUCUAAGCUUACAACACUGAGUAACCUGGUGGUGGUUGUACACACUUGUAGUAACAUUGGAGUUUUGUGGAGACAAGCUUUUAAUGAACAAGGAAAUGUUAUUAAACUCCUCCAAUGGCAAUUCCAAAGGCAAAGCACCACACAAACAUUUCCAGGAGCUUUCUGCAAGCUGGAUUUGUACAAUAAUUAACCAAUGGCACCUUGAAGUCCUUCAGCAGUCAAUCAAAACCCUCUCCACUUUUAGAUCUCUAAUGAAAAUUAGAGAAUUUAUUAAAGAUAUUCAAAGAACUGAUGAUCCAUAGAAUGACUGGUCCUAAGAAGAGCCAGUCUUGGCUUCCUGCCCCAUUUUCUCUCAGAUUUGGGGAUGGGUGUUGCCCAUUGCCCCUGGAAAGGAAAGGCAGGGCUGAUCCAUCACUCCCACCUGGGGCAGUAUUUCCAGUGUUCCAUUUUUAACCAAUCACUCUUGCAGCUCCCACUCCUUCUUUAACAACUUUAUUUAAGUGUGACAAACCCUCAAUACUAAAAAUCUUCCUCUUUGCCAUUCCAGGCAGUGGAGAAACUCUGUGCUGUCUUUUUGCUUGGAUCUUUCAUGUGCUUUAUAAAAUGGGUAUUUUCUUACCCACAACAGCCACUGAGGGAGGUUUGAGUUGGGUUUUGGACACUGGAUCCACCCAGAGAUUUCACCAAGGGUUAAAAGCACACGAGCAGAGUUAUUGCACUUUCUGCUGUUACAAUGGAAUGUUUCUGCUUUCACUGGAGAUUGGGAAGGCUCAAAUAUUUUCACUUGGCUUCCAAACUUUUUAUAAAAGAGCAAAUCUGAUUGGAAAACUUAAUGGCAGCACCUAACUGAAACAAGAGCUUGAGAAGAGGGCAGAGCAGCAUCCUGAACAGAGCUGCCCAGGGGGAUCUGUGCAAUCCAGCACAGAACAAGGACAGUGGCACAGCUUUCCUGGGCAGGGGAACCCUCCAGGCUCCCAAGGCCUCACCACCACCUCAGAAACGUCCUCAGGCCUUGACCUUGAUAAGCAGCAGCACCCUGAGCUUAUCAGGAGCUCACUGGCUGCUCCCAGGGCUGGAGUACAAACCCCUGGGUUUAGCCACCAGCCCUGCAAUCUGAUUUUUCUUGCCUGAAUAACAAGGCAAGUGGAACAUUUUUGUUAUUGACCUUUCAAAGGAAGAUAUUGACCCAAACUGCAGCCAGGCUGGG